AUAAAAGACGUAAGACUGUUGGCGUUCGAUCAUUUGAGGCGUUCUCUUUUGAAAUAAUCUAAAAUGGUUAAUGUGAACGAGUUAGCUUGUGCAUAUUCGGCACUCAUCCUGGCCGAUGGCGGAGUUGAUGUUUCGGUCAGAUCGUUCUGCUCUAAGAAGAGUUCCUUAAACACUCCUAUUGCCAAAUCCUAUCGGGAUAACCGUAAUUUUCGUCCUGAGCUCCAUAUACCCAGAAUUGAGUCACCUCUCAAGUUGAGAUUAUGUUCCUUGUUGAGUCCUGAUCAUAUUACGAAACUACUCAAAGCUGCCAAUGUCACAGUCGACUCUCUUUGGCCAACACUAUUUGCCAGUGCUCUGAAAACUGUUAACAUCAAGGAUCUUGUGAAAUCAGCUGGUAGUGCUGCACCUGCUGCCCCAUCAGUGGCUGCCACAACUGCUGCUACUACUGCUGCUGCACCUGUUGAGAAGAAGGAAGAGAAGGAGGAGAAGAAGGAAGAAUCAGAUGAAGAUGAUGGAGACAUGGGAUUUGGAUUGUUUGACUAAAUGGAUCUACAGCUAUCAGCAGAACAUUAUCAACAAUUCAAAUUAUUUAUUUGAUAAUAAAUUAUUUUAAUAAUUUU